UUCGAGGCACCGCCGCCGCCCUGGCACCUGCUCUCUAGUGCCCCUGUGCCCGUCGCGCUCGGAGACGAUGCUGCCAUAACGUUGCGAAAGUGAUUCCUUCCGUGUCCGACAAGGCGAUGGGCGGAAGGAGGUGAGUGCAGUCGCCCAAGAUUCACUCGGCGCCGUGACGAGACGCAGGAGCCCGGAGUCAUCCGCAAAGUGCGAUUGUGACGUGGUUGUUUGGAGUGAGAGAGCGUGAAAAAAGUUCGGUCCGAUCAGUUGAUAGAAAGAUGUGACGCGGAAGUGACAGUCGCGGGAGAGUGAGGCGAAGUGGCAUCGCGCUGAGGGCAAGACUCGGCCGACAGGAAGUGUCCUGAGCCGUGAGGUCUGGCUGAUGAGCCACGCAGACGCCGCGGGGCCUCUUGCUUAACAUCUCAAAGAACGCGGCCGCCUCCAAGUGGAUGACGUGUGCGGGUCCAUGCCUGUGUGUGAAUUACUGAAGGGGAAAAGGAAAGUGUGCGAGUGAGCAGCAGCCGGACGAGUGCGAGCCCCGGAGCGAGCGAGAGCUGAGGAUCCCCUCGGAACAUCCCUCGGGGCAAGAUGGUGCCGUCCCCGCCCGAGGCCUGGCCCCCGAUGGGCGGCGGAGGAGGGGCGUCUACAGGGGGCUCCGUGAUGGGCGGCUUGGAGGCGAAUUUGGGCGGGGGUGGUAGCGGCGGCGGAUUCCCAGGGGGCGCCGCGCCCGCCCAGCUGCUCAACUGGGUAUAUCUAACACUCGCGGACCAUCACAACCAGCAGGCAGCAGCAGCGGCAGCGGCGGCCGCAGGAGGGACGUCCCAACCGAACCCGCCUCUAGACAGCACGCAGAACAAGAUGCUGCACGGCGGCUGGAACAACCUCAGCAUGGGCGGAGGCUCAGGAGUGGGCGGCGUGGGCGGCGUAGGAUCCAUGCCGCCCUCCUCCCUGGGCUCCCUGGCGGGCGGCGGCCUCAGCAACAUAAACAACAACAUGGGCGGCGGCGUGGGCGGCCUCGGCGGGGGUGUGGGCGGCCUGGGCUCCUCAGGCAUGGGCGGCCUCAACUCCCUUCUGAACGGGAGCAACGGGCUGAGCUCAGGGCUGCUGAGUGGGCUGACCGGCCUCACGCCCACGGACAUCACGGCGCUGACCUCCCUCACCUCGCUCAACGGACUCACCGGAGGCUUCAGCAACGGUCUCAACGGGAUCAACAGCCCCGUUAACAGCAGCAGCUUAAACGGCAGUAUAGGAGAGCUGGCGGACCAACUGAAUGAGCUGACACUGGGCCUCGACAAGAAGGUGAAGGGAAGGAAACUGCCGCCCAACUACCUGUGCCAUUUGUGCUUCAAGAAGGGCCAUCACAUCAAAGAGUGCCCGCAG